GGCGGGGAGUGCGGGUCCUCCUUCUAGAGUCUGAAGGUUGGCGGGGAAACCACCCGCCGUGGGCCUCCCGCUUGCUCCGCGAGAGCUGCCUUUAAAUUCCGAAGGCCCAGCCCCUCCUCCCCCGGAAGCGCUUGAAGGCGGGUCUUGGGCCUGCAGGGCCUUCGUCCUCUCAGCGCCCGCGUUUCCUCAGUGAGGACACGGGGAGGCGGGGGGGAAAUGAGGGGAGGACCUGGGCGCCCAGCUCCCGCCCCUCCGCGGCCGGGCGGCUCGUUUCCGGCGCGACUUAGUUGUGGGCUGGGACCCUUGUAAUACCGCCCGCCCUCCCUCCCGGUCCAGCCCCCAGCCAUGCCAGCGGGCGUGCCCUGGGCCACCUACCUGAAAAUGUUCGCUGCCAGCCUGCUCGCCAUGUGCGCCGGGGCCCAAGCGGUGCACAGAUACUACCAGCCGGACCUGACGAUACCUGAAAUUCCACCAAAGCCUGGAGAACUCAAAACGGAGCUUUUGGGACUGAAAGAGAGACAACACGAACCUCAAAUUUCUCAGCAGUAGAAACCUCAAAGUACAACUCUGCCAAGAACUCUGUGAAUAGUAUUAUAAGUCUUAAAUAUGUAUUUUUAAAAUUUAUUGAGUCAAACUGUUUGUCCUUAAGCACCUAAUACAUUGCUAACUGCAAGGGGAGGUGCUUAGUAGAUACUGACUGAUGCAGUGGGAUUUAAUGACGGUUUGACCAGUGUGUCUUGAAAACUGCCAAAGUUUCUAUCAUCAGCUUCCUGAAUGUGGUUUGAUGGAUAUUUAGUCUUGAAUAUGAUGUGAAAUAGGGUAUUUGCACUGACUCUUGCCCUUAUAAUUCUGGUUUAUUUCUCUGAAUAACCUUGACUAUAACGGCAAAUGGAAAUUAUAAAUUAACUGUAAUAAAAGUGGCAUUGACUUUUAAAUGAAUGCUUAUGGUGUGAAGUUAAUAUUUCUCUAAAUAUAGGAAAGUACUAUUUGUACUAAACUGAAUUAAGUUGAAAUAUUUAAAGUUUGAAGUUUUUGGAAUUGUGUACGUAACAAAAUUAUAACAGUUGUGGCUUGGACUGUCACAAAUUCUUUACCCCCAAAUUUGAGAAAUCGUGUUGGCAUUUCAUUUUUCUUAUAAAACAUAUUUAUAAAUAACUGAUAAAAUGAAUAUUAUUAUGGGUUGAAUUGUGUCCCCCCUAAAAGAUUUUGAGUCCUAAUCCUUAGUCCCUGUGAAUGUGACCUUAUUUGGAAAUAGGGUCUUUGCAAAAGUAACCGAGUUAAGAUGAGGUCAAUGGGGUGGGCCCUAAUCCAGUGUGAUGCCUGUCUUUAUAAGAAGAGGAAAACACCAUGUAAAGGACACACACGGAGAAUGCUAUGUGACAACAGAGGCAAAGACUGGAGUGACGCGGCUGCGAGCAGGGAACACAGAGGGCUGAGAGCCAUCACCAGAAGCCUGGAAGAGGCAAGGAAGGAGUCCAGCCAGUCUCGGAGCGCGGCUCUGCUGACACGUGGAUUUCAGAUUUCUGGCCUUCAGAACUGAGAGAAUAAAUUUCCGUUGUUUUAAGCGA